AAGAUUAGCUACUCGGCGUAUUGUUUCGUAGAUGUGGGCAGUUCACUCCCGUCUGAGGCGAAAGGGCGGCGGUGGUUUGAAGUCGAGCUGGAGGAUGAGGAGAAACAUGUCGGUGUGAGGACACGUCGCCGUUGCGCCAGAGGGAAGCUCGUUGUAGCCAGCCAGGUGCGUCUCGUCAGCCACCUGCUAUCCUACCUACUUCCCACCUUUACCGCCACUGUAGAGGGUAGCCAUGGCAACCAGCGCCGUGCCAAGUGACAACCUGCCAACGUACAAGCUGGUGGUGGUGGGGGAUGGGGGUGUCGGGAAGAGUGCCCUCACCAUCCAGUUUUUCCAGAAGAUCUUCGUGCCAGACUACGAUCCCACGAUUGAGGACUCGUAUCUUAAACACACAGAAAUAGACGGACAGUGGGCCAUACUGGACGUACUGGACACGGCCGGUCAGGAGGAGUUCAGUGCAAUGAGGGAGCAGUACAUGAGGACGGGAGACGGCUUCCUGAUCGUCUUCUCGGUGACGGACAAGGCCAGCUUUGAACACGUUGACCGAUUCCAUCAACUCAUACUACGGGUCAAAGACAGGGAGGCCUUCCCCAUGGUGCUGGUCGCAAACAAAGUGGACUUGGUCCACCUAAGAAAAGUCACAACUGACCAGGGGCAGGAGAUGGCUGCAAAGCAUAAUAUAACUUAUAUUGAAACCAGUGCCAAGGACCCCCCAAUGAACGUGGACAAAGCCUUUCAUGAACUGGUUCGUGUUAUAAGACAACAGGUCCCAGAGAGGAACCAGAAGAAGAAAAAGAAGAUGAAGUGGAGGGCGGAGCGUUCCACGGCCUCCCACAGGUUCCACUGCUCCAUAUUGUGACCAAGCUCAUCAUCUCCAUCAUCUAUCACACGCGCACACACACACGCACACACACACAAACCUUUGGAUGUCAGGGAACUCCCCAGCAGUGGUCAAACUACGGGAGCACAAAAGGGACUGGGGGUUGAUUGAGGAAUGACUCGAUGGAUCCAGGAAGGAGGAAAUGUUGGACUCGGCCCCUCACGAUGCCUCGGACUGAGUGCUACGCCUGCCCCCCUCACUAUAUGGUCCUUUUCAAAGGUUUUCCUUCUUUCUUUGAGAACCUCUCCCCAUCUGUACUCGUCCCUGAAAUACAGUUAUCUAAUUUAUGAACUUACUAUGAAACGUGGCACAAGACGACAAACUGGCCGGGAAAGACAGAGGUCAGAAUCACCUUGGACUUGGAACCUUUUGUCCUCUUGAGCAAGGGAAGGAAAAGCAGCUGUGUUUGUGGUUUUGACUCCCAGCAGUCUGUCCCCACGCACCUUCAAUUCCGGUGGGAAAAGCUCCGACGUGAUGCCUGAAUAGGCCGGCUUUGGAUCUCUGUUCUCUUUCUGCAGGGCGGACGAAGACAAGAGUGGUGACAAUAGAUGUUGUGCAGUGUCGUCGAUAAGUGGACAGUGAGUAUAGUGAGCGUGAACUUUGUGGUGAUGUGGUUUGGAAAUGUCAGUUUGGAGGGCGGCGAAAGGGCAAGUGAAAGAAACGUGUCAUGUGUCAGUGAAUGCUACGAGCAGAUCAGCAAGUGUUUGAUUAUUGUUAAAGAGAAUACUGAGACCGGUUGGCGUGAUGAUCUGUUAAAGGCCUUGUUUACACUUACGCGGGACUAGUUUGUCACGUGCAAACAGACGGCACCAGGAGCCACUUUGUCUCUAAGUGUUUGACGGUUGGUUCGGUUGCCUCUUCAGUCGUCGUCGUCGGUAAGGAGUACAAUCUGUUAAGUACUGUACGAUCAGCUGUCCUGAUACUUUUCUUUUCCUCCCGUGUUUUUAUAGCUGAAAUAUUACAGAAAAAUAUGAUUAUAUUUGAUAUUAAAAAACCAAACUGUGGCA